UUGGUAGUUUUCAACUUUAAAAAUGUCAAUAAUUCACACAAUUAAAGCUGGAAUUAUUUAUAUUUUAAAGAAUAAUUGUUCCCAUUAUGUCAGUUAUUCAUCAAUGGGGCUGAUAAUAAAGCGUAAAAGUUUCAUUAAUGUAUUGAGUGAAUACCUACGCGUUCUGAUAUUGAAUUAUAAUUUAAUUUUUAAUCGGGUCAUAUAAUAUUUUUGUGCCCGCGGGUAUUUAAUAAAUUCAAUUUCUAAAUUUGCAAUUAAACAUAUUUCUUCCGUUUAGUAAUCACCCAAAAUUCAACUCCUCGCAAAUCUCGCCGGCGACAGCCACUUAUGCUACAUUUAAUUAUCCGGUUCCUUGAGCAACACCUAAAUUAUUAUAAAAUUACAUAACAAUUAUUUCACUCAAAAUAAAAGUUCAACGAAUCGGUGAAUACCCAACAUCUCAGACAUCCACACUAAUACCCAACCACACUGCCUAUACUUCCCCAUAUCUCUUCCACGCUUUGCUAAGACCAAUCCACCGGCAAGUUAAUUCUUAAUUAAGAGUACCUAGUGAUAAUUUUUCGAGAUAGGUACCAGUACCUACCGCGGCCUUGGGUGAUCCAAAUAAAAAUAAAAAACCGCGUCUUCGUUGGCUUAGUCUUUGGACGAAAAUUGUGCGCUCGCCCGAUUACAUUAUUUAGGUCAUUACCGAUGAGAUAAAAUACUAAUAAGGUGCUUAUAAGUUCUUUUCAUGUGGACAAUUGGUUCAGUUCGUGAACGAUGUAUACCCGGCGAACGAAAUUCGUAAUUUUCUUAGCGAUCCCUUUGGUUUUGUUAGCUCCAACUUCCUAUGGGCAAGUGUACGUGUUGUUAGGAGAUUUGAUAAACCUCAUAAUUAAUCUAACAAGAAUCCAAUCGUAUGUUUUCCCCUUGUAUCCUAACUUUGGAUUGGCAGGUGAGUCAAUUUUUGGAAAAUUCGAUUAGUAAAAAUAGUCUUGUUUAUAGUUAUUACAGUUUGGAUUUUCCAUCAGCUCAAUUAAAUUUAAUUUAAACGCUAAUUAGGGAA